AUGCAGUUCCCACCUGCACCCUUUAAAGCGGUCUACUGUGUGGUGAUAACCAAUGAUGCUGUUGUGGCAGCAGAGCCGCUGGUCCGAGCCCCGAGGAAACUCCCCGACGAUAUCGACUGGUCGUACUCAGAUACAGGUACCCUGAACCAGCGCAACUGGGCUAAGAAGUACCCAUCCUGUAACAGCGCCAGGCAGUCUCCCGUGGACAUCGAUGAGACGUUUACCCAAGUCAGGCUGCAGUACCAGAAUCUGCAGCUGGAAGGCUGGGACGAACUGACGGCAGAGUCCAGCACCAUCCACAACAAUGGGAAGACUGUGGCCAUCAGUGUGGAAGGCGAGUACUUUGUGAGCGGAGGAGGGCUGAGCUCCAGGUUCCGUGUUGGUAGAAUCACCUUCCACUGGGGGCGCUGCAACGCAACAUCAGAUGGGUCUGAGCACAGUCUGAACGGGAUGAAAUAUCCUCUGGAGAUGCAGAUCUACUGUUAUGACCCAGAUGACUUCCGGAGUCUGGAUGAUGCUGUUAGGGAAGGAGGGAGGAUCGCUGCCUUGGCAGUGCUCUUUGAGACCAGCCUGGAAGACAACGAGGACUUCACUCCUGUUAUAGAGGCCGUCAACACAGUCAGCAGGUUUGGUAAGAGCGGGUCAAUGGAGGCUUUCACCUUGAGGUCCUUGCUGCCCAAUAACACAGAUAAAUAUUACAUCUACAACGGCUCACUGACUGAACCCCCCUGCUCUGAGACGGUGGAAUGGAUCGUCUUUAAACACACAGUGGCCAUGUCAGAAACGCAGUUGGAGGUGUUCUGUGAGGUGAUGACGAUGGAGCAGGCUGGAUAUGUGAUGCUGACGGAUUACCUGCAAAACAACUUCAGGGAGCAGCAGCAGUUCAUGGGUCAGGUGUUCGCCUCGUACACGGGAGUGGAGGACGUGCUCACGCCCACCUGCAGCUCGGAGCCGGAGAACGUUCAGGCUGAUGCCCAGAACGACACGACCAUCGUGGUGACAUGGGAGCGUCCACGCGUGGUUUACGACACAACCAUUGACUGGUACACUGUCACCUACCAGAGGCUGCAGGGCCAAGACCAGAGCAAGCAAGAGUACAGGACUGACGGGGACCAGGAUGUGGGUGCCAUCAUCUCCAGCCUGCUGGCCAACAGCAGCUACGUGGUGCAGGUGGUGGCUGUUUGCACCAACGGUCUCAGAGGACGAUGGAGCGACCAGAUUAUCGUGGACAUGCCGUUAGAAGAUCCUGAAAGUGAUUCAGAAUCUGACGCUGUCCUAAAAGACCUGGAAGGAAACAGAGAGGUCUCAUCUAAAGCCAGAUGGGAGACACCAGAGAACCAGAAUCAGGUGGAUUUGUCUUCAGCGGACCACAGCCCUGUGGAGGAGGUCCCGGUGGAGCAGACCAGAGUUUACCAGAAUCAACCCACGCACCAGAACGUCCCGGUCCAGGUCAGCACCCGUUCAACCCCAAAGACUCCCUCUGAGUCUGCCGUUCUACAGAAAACUCGACUCAGCCAGAAUGCGAAAAAGAAAUCAGAAAGCCUGAACAGGUCAAAACCAGAGGAAAUGGAUCAGAACUGGAUUGACGAGGACCAGAGGAUCCUGACACACCGGCCGCUCACGAAAGCUGGUUUUGAUGGCAAUGGUGCAAUAUGGGUCAAUGACUUAACUGAGCAGCCGGGCUUCCUGUUUCCAGUUGCUCGGACAACCACCCCGCCGACGACUCGCCGUCAAAUCACAGAAGAAGCCUCGUUGUCCGUGCUGCCACAUCAGUCAAUGGAUCCAGACCAAGUUGGUGAAAGCGGCGUCCCUUCUCCCCGAUCUGACCUCUUCAUCCCACCUGUGGAGGACAUCCAAGUCACAGAUGUCUUCUAUGACGACACAGUCAGCAACUCUCCGCUACAAACCACCACCUUUUCCGCUACAGCGCCCGCUGCUGCUUCUGUGUUGCCAGGUAAUAAAGUGGAGGAAGUUUCCCCUGAAGACAGUGAUGCCCCCGUGAACAAACCUCUCCCAGAAAGCAUCACCUCAGUUCCCUCCAGCCCCUCCUCACUCUGGAUCACAGCAAGGGCGGCAACCGCCAGCAACACCCUGUCUGAGUCGGUCUAUAAAUCAUUCACCUCCUCCUCGCUGCUCAGGGUGCUGAUGCACACAACCCAGCCCAUGUUUAAUGAGGGCAGCAACAGCAGCCACGAGUCUCGGGUGGGGCUGGUCGGAGGUGUGGAGAGGGAGAAGCGGACGGUCGUUCCUCUGGCUGUCGUCUCCACUCUCACCAUCCUCUGUCUGCUGGUACUGGUGGGCAUACUCAUCUACUGGAGAAACUGUUUCCAGGCAGCUAAUUUCUACCCAGAUGACAGUGCAUCACCUAAAGUCAUUUCUGCUCCGUCUACACCCAUGCUGCUGGCCACAGACGGUCACGAGCCGCUGACAGUGAAGCAGUUUGUCAAGCACGUCAUGGAGCUGCACACCACCAACACUUUCUCCAAGGAGUUCGAGAUUGUCAGAGAAUCCUAUGAGGAGGUGCAGGCGUGCACAGUGGACAUGGGCAUCACCGCCGACAGCUCCAAUCACCCCGACAACAAAAGCAAGAACAGAUACAUCAACAUACUGGCCUAUGACCACAGCAGAGUCAAGCUCUCCAGCAGUUUGGACAGAGAUGGGAGAUGUGGCGACUACAUCAACGCUAACUUUGUGGAUGGUUAUGAGCGAACAAGGGCAUACAUCGCCGCUCAGGGGCCUCUGAGAGCGGGCAGGGAAGACUUCUGGAGGAUGAUCUGGCAGCAGAAUGUCGGCGUUAUUGUCAUGAUCACCAACCUCAAGGAGAAAGGACGGACAAAAUGUGACCAGUACUGGCCGGAGGAGAGCCAGGAUGAGUACGGCCCAUACCAGGUGACCCUGAAAAGCAGCAAGACCCUCGCUUACUACACACUGCGGACGUUCACUGUCAGAGAUACUGCAAAUAAGGCCUCUCAGAGGAGAGCUGAACACACAGUCCUCCAUUACCACUACACCCAGUGGCCGGACAUGGGCGUCCCAGAAUACACUCUGCCUGUCCUGUCCUUCAUCAGAGCGUCCUCCCGGGCACGGACACAGGAGAUGGGACCCGUACUGGUGCACUGCAGUGCUGGUGUGGGAAGGACAGGAACCUACAUAGUGAUAGACAGCAUGCUGCAGCAGAUCCAGGAUCAGGGCACGGUGAACGUUCUUGGUUUCCUAAAACAUGUCCGAACGCAGAGGAACUUCCUGGUUCAGACGGAGGAGCAGUACGUGUUCAUCCACGAUGCCCUGGUGGAGGCCAUCUUGAGCCGCGACACCUCGGUGACCUCUGACCUCCUCCACACCUACGUGUCUGACCUCCUGACCCCCGGGGCGUCGGGCAGGACGCGCAUGGACAAACAGUUCAAGUUGAUCAGUCAACGUCAGGCGAAGCACGCAGACUACAGCACCGCCCUGAGGGACGGCAAUGCUGAGAGGAACCGAGCCAGAGCGCUGAUGCCUGUGGAAAGAUCAAGAGUGUGUCUGACCGCUUCAGAAACGAACUCCACAGGGUACAUCAACGCCUCCUACGUCAUGGGACAUCAACACAGUAAGGAGUUCAUAGUGAGCCAGACUCCUCUGAGCAGCACGGUGGCAGACUUCUGGAGAAUGAUCUGGGAGCACAACACACACACUGUUGUCCGUCUGCCUGACACACAUUGUCAGAGUGAAGAGUCGUGUGUUUACUGGCCCAGUGAAGGCCAGCCAAUGAGCUUUGAGGGUUUCACUGUGUCCUACUCGGGGGAGGAGCAUGUCUGUCUGUCCAGUGAUGAGAGACUUUUGGUGCAGGACUUUACAGUGGAGUCUCCACAGAACAAUUAUGUGUUGGAGGUGCGUCAGUACAGCGCCACCUGUUGGCCCAACCCAGACAGCCCCAUCAGGAACAGUUUCGAUCUGGUCAAGUCAGUCAGAGAGCACAGCAGACAUUCAGACGGACCAACAGUCAUACAUGAUCCCUUGGGAGGUGCUACAUCAGGGCUGUUCUGUGCCCUCACCACCCUGUCCAGUCAGCUCGAGGAGGAGGGAGCAGUAGACGUCUAUCAGGUGGCACGGAUGACCAACCUCAUGAGGCCUGGGGUUUUUAAUGAUAUAGAGCAGUACCAGUAUCUGUACCGAGCCGUGCUGAGUCUGGUGAGCAGCCAGGAAGACCAGAGAGCCCUGCAGAGUCCCGAAACCAACGGGUCUGUGCCACUGGGACAGACUAAUGUCGCCGAGAGCCUGGAGUCCCUCAUGUAG